AACAUUAAUCCGUUUUCGGUUUUCAAUUUUUCUCAGCGAAUCCCAAAUGAUGGCGGCUGCUCCGGCGACCGGCGCCCGCCUCUUUCGGCCUCACCCUUGGCUGCGGGACCUCCGGCGACCGAGGAAAUUUUCUGUACUUUCGGCGACCUCACCAAUCCAACAUCCGGAAGAAGAAAUCGCAACUACAUCUGCGGUUCCUAAACCUCCUAUCAGCACAAAAACGGAUAAGAACGUGGUGUCAUACUACCCGAAGCGUGGUCAGACACUGGAGCUAGUCUGCGAGAGCUUAGCAUACAAAGGAAAGGGAUUGUGCAAGGUAGCUGACACCGGCUUCGUCGUUAUGUGCGACCGCGCGUUGCCGGGAGAAAGGUUCGUGGGUCGUGUAACUCGUAAGAAGGAUAACUAUGCAGAGGUGAAGAAGCUGAAGACCAUAACUCCACAUUGGGAUUAUGUCGAAGCACCUUGUGAAUUUGCAUCGCAUUGUGGGGGUUGUAAAACACAGAACUUGUUGUAUGGAGCUCAGAUUAGAGCUAAGGAGCAACAGGUGUACGAGUUAAUUACACAUGUUGGCAGGUUUUCGGAUAAUGACCUCAAACGUGAAGGAGUCUUGAAGCCCAUUGUUCCUUGUGAUAUCCAGUUUCAUUACCGAAACAAGAUGGAGUUCUCAUUUAGCACCAAAAAGUGGGUACCUGCAGAACUUUUGCAACAAGAAUGUGAUGAGACCGAAGAAUAUGCACUGGGAUUGCAUGCCCCUGGAUUUUUUGACAAGGUUCUUAAUAUCAAUAAUUGCCUAUUACAAAGUGAUCCAGCAAACAAGGUCCUUGCAGCUAUUCAAGACUUCUGGCGAGAUCAUGAACUUGGCCUUACUCCAUAUGAUGUGCACUCCCAUCGUGGGUUUUUAAAGCAUUUAAUGCUUAGAACUGGCAGGAAUAUUGAGAUUGGUCAGCCAGAACUGAUGAUUAAUUUUGUCACUUCAUCAUACAAACCGGAACUCUUGCAGCCCCUAGUUGAGAAGGCUGCAGCUUUUCCUAAUGUGGUGAGCAUCAUGAACAAUGUAAAUACUUCCGUGGGAAACACAUCUGUCGGGGAGCAGGAGUAUACACUCUUUGGUAAAUCAACAAUUAUGGAUAGCCUUAGAGGACUAAAGUUUCAAAUCUCAGCCAACUCAUUCUUCCAAACAAAUACACAUCAGGCAGAGAUCCUGUAUAAACUAAUAGAGGACUGUGCUUGUCUAAAAGGAGAUGCCUCUGAAAUAGUUCUAGAUCUCUUUUGUGGAACGGGCACGAUUGGCCUGACACUUGCCAAAAGGGCAAGACAUAUCUAUGGUUUUGAGAUAGUUGAUCAAGCCAUAUCAGAUGCUCGUCGUAAUGCAGAACUCAACAGCAUAUCCAAUGCAACAUUCCUCCAGGGGGAUCUUAACAAAAUUGGUGAUAGUUUUGGAGAAAAUUUUCCAAAGCCGGAUCUUGUUAUCACAGACCCAAAUCGCCCCGGAAUGCACAUGAAACUAAUAAAGUUUUUACUGAAACUGAAAGCACGCCGCAUUGUGUAUGUAUCGUGCAAUCCUGCUACUUGUGCCCGUGAUCUCGACUAUCUUUGCCAUGACGUGCCGGAGCAGAACAUCAGAGGGUGUUACGAACUGAAAAGCAUACAACCAGUCGAUAUGUUCCCACACACUCCUCACAUCGAAUGUGUUUGCCUCUUGGAGCUACGCUGACUCAACAAGAUUGAAUUGAAACACUGGCUGAGAUUGCAGAGCAGCAGAUGCAAGAUUCGACAAAGAUUUCUUGACAUCGAGCGCCGAUAGUAGCUGAUCGACACGACUGCAAGGGCAUUUCUACAAAAAAACGAGAGGUAAGACUUAAAAGCAUCAUCCUUUUGUCUUAUGAACUUGUUGAUUUCUUUAGAUUAUUUACUUUGAUGCUGGGAGUUAAUAUAUGAAUAUUUGUGACUUUCGUGAUUCCA